AUGGGUAUAAGAAAUCAGUCCACAGUCACCGAGUUUCUUCUCUCGGGAUUAACUGACCGACCAGAGCUUCAGCUGCCUCUUUUCUUCCUCUUCUUGGGGAUUUAUAUAGUUACAGUGGCGGGGAAUCUCGGCAUGAUCUCCAUAAUUGAGCUGAGUCCUCAACUUCACAUGCCCAUGUACUAUUUCCUCAGCAGUUUGUCUUUUAUAGAUUUCUGCUAUUCUACUGUUAUUAUCCCAAAAACUCUGGCAGGCAUUUUAAGCAGAGAUAAAGCUAUCUCUUAUUCUGGUUGCAUGACUCUUUUUUUUUUCUGUAUGUUUGCUGUUUCUGAGUGCUACAUGUUGGCAGUAAUGGCCUAUGAUCGCUAUGUUGCCAUCUGCAGCCCCCUGCUCUACAAUGUCAUCAUGUCCCCUCGGGUCUGUUCUCUGCUGGUGGCUGGUGUCUUCUCAGUAUGCUUUUUCUAUACCAUGAUUUUUGAGGGUUGUUUGUUAAGUUUGGAUUUCUGUAGAUCCAAAGUCAUCAAACAUUAUUUCUGUGACAUCAUGCCACUUAUUAAACUGUCAUGUUCCAGCACCUACGUAGAUGAACUUCUGCUUUACAUUGUUGGUGGAUUUAACAUGGUAACCCCAGCUGUGACAAUCAUCACUUCAUAUGCUUUCAUCCUCUCUAGCAUCCUCCGCAUCCAGUCUAAAGAGGGCAGGUCCAAGACUUUCAGUACCUGGGCUGUUCUUAUUUUCUAUGGAUCUCUCAUGUCCACAUAUCUCAAACCUGCUUCCAGCAGUUCAGCCAUCCAGGAGAAAGUGACAUCUGUAUUUUACACCAUGGUGAUUCCCAUGCUGAACCCACUGAUUUAUAGUCUGAGAAAUAAGGAAGUCCAAAACGCUGUGAUAAAACUCUUAAAGAGAAGCACAUCUUCAUAA